AUGAGGAAGCGCUAGGUUUCGUUUUACGCUAUAGAAGGUAGUCGGGAGAAGUUCAGGCAGCGAGAUGCAUAAACCAUUUCAUCUGCGGUGGAUAUUUUUAGCAAAUGUUUAUUUCUAUAGCAUGCAUUUAUACCGAGCCACAGAGGGUGCCUUCCACGUGUCCACACCUUCAUCUCCAGUCACUGGACUCAUCCACAAAGAUGUCUUACUGCCCUGCACCUUUACUGAUGAGCCAGUUGACCUGAUCUACCUGUAUGUUGUAUGGAAACAUGGCAACAAAGACAUGGUGAAAUAUCAGUACCAAAGCAUCACGGCAGACCCUAGGAUGAUGCUGUUUGAAAAUGAACUACGGCGUGGAAAUGCAUCUCUACUGCUUAGAAACCUUACCAUAGAAGACGAAGGAGAAUACACUUGUGAAGUUGUCGAUUCCCCAUACUCUGGAACAGGUGUCGUCCGGCUCAGAGUUCUAGCUCCCCCGCUUCUCCAAUGCAUUCCUGUUUUGGUCAAAUCAGGUGAGGAGACCCGAUUGGAGUGCCAGGCCAAAGACUUCUACCCUAAAGACAUCAAAUUCUCCUGGCAUGCAGGGGUGAAGCAUAUAGGCCCCCAAAAUCCGGACUUUGUAAGCAAGCCCAAGCUCAAUGGCAGUUUUGAUGCCUCCAGCUAUUACAGCUAUAUUCCCAACAGUGGUGAUGCUCCUGAAAAUGUCUACUGUGAGGUGCAGCAUGAGGCAUUGGACAAGCCGCUGAGGACAGCAGUCGACAUGAAAUUCAGAAGACGCGCCAUUGUGACCGUCUCCCCUGAGACUUUAGUGAAAAACGCUGAGCAGACACUGGCCUGCAAAGUUCAUGGAUACUACCCAGAUGGCGUGAAGGUGACCUGGCUAAAGGAUGAGGAGCCUUUAAAGAAACCUGUGUCUACAGAGAACCUGACAACUGAGGAGCAUCAUUCAGUGACUGUCACCAAUAGCACGAGUGUGUUCAAGUGUCAAGUGGAGCAAGAGGGUUUUGAGAAGCAAAUCAAGAAAUUAAAUUAUCAAGUCAUAGGUGGUGAUGUCAACAUUGCUGCUGUGAUUGUUGGAACUUUAGUGGCUGCAGUUCUGCUGAUCGGUCUUGGAGUUUGCUACUGGAAAAAAAUUUGGAAGGCAAGCUUCUCCAUGUCAGAGAUUAUUGUCCCCUCAAAAGUAUUUGUGGGUGAAGAAGUGGUCCUGGAAUGCAUCUUUGAAGAUGGUUAUAAUAUUACUGAGGUAGCGUGGUUUCUAAUAAGGUCACAUGGUUCUAGGGAGCAAAUUCAUAAUAGUGGUCCCUAUGUGGUGAAGACCCUUCAGCCUGGAGAAGAAAAUCAACAAGUCAUGCCUGAUGAGCUCACUUCACUCAUUCCCAGCGACAGUGUAAAAAAAGUGAGAAAAGAGAAUCUAAAACGAGGAAUCACUACUUUGAAAUUUGUGACAAAUAUGAACGAUCAUGAAGGUGUAACAAUACAAUGCAAGGUUAAGUGUAAUGGAUGGCGAUUUCAGAAACCCACUUCUAUGGAAAAGAACACUUUGAUAUCAUUGCUUGCGUAUCCUGUAUCGGUGAUCAGAGAUGUUUCAGUGAUGAAUGAGCCCAAAGGCAAGUUAUCCAUUGAAGCAAUCAACUUCUACCCACACACUAUUGGACUUCACUGGCUGAAGACCUCAGAGAGUGACACAAAUAAGGGCAUACCAACUCCGAAAGAGCAAGGCCUUUACAGCUGCAGUGGCACAUGCAGUGUAUCCUGGGAGGAUUUAAGAGACCCACAGUUCAUCAAGGAAGUAGUAAUUUUUCACCCAUCUCUGGACAAACCAACUAAAAAGAAGUUUGAGGGGGGCAAACCAGGCAUCCACAACCGUCCAAACGUGUCCCAGCUGACUUACAUUCCAUCGAUAAUGAAUGGCCAUCCCUGCACCCUGACCUGCACCAUUUCUGACUUUUGUCCAAAGGAUAUUACAGUAACCUGGCUGAGACAGAAGCAGGAUGAAGAGCCCAUCCUCAUUCGUCAGGACACCACGACCCCCUACCUGUGUGAGAAUCAUUUGUACACUCUGGUGGCAGAACUAAAUACAAUGAAAGAAAAUCUCAUGAAUACAAAGAUCAUCCUCAGAGUGGGACACACUACUUUAAAGAAUUAUAUUGAGAGGCACUUCAAGGGUCUGAGUGAUUCCUAGACAACGAGAGAGAAAUCAGCGAGGUCUUUGGUUAGGAUGUCACCCAAAAAGACCCCUCACUCUUUGUUCAGCACCGCACAGGACUGAAGGAGCAGAAACAGCCAAGCUCAUGACUGUCAUCAAGGGAAUGACCACCCGAGUUAUUCUUCAUAUACACUAAUUCUGGAGGGACCAAAUAGGAAUUCCAUCUUUCCUACACUCUUCAAAAUGCUGGUUCUUUAAUGGGACUUUAUGGUCCUUUACGAGCCUGUGUGGUUCCUCUUAGAGCCUUUACUUGACUAAGAAGCAUUUAAUUCCAGGAAGGAUUCUUUGCUUUUGAAGUUCCUUCUUCGUACUUUGAAAAAAUUCCCAAUACAGUGGAACCUCGGUUCACGACCAUAAUUCGUUCCAAACCUCUGGUCAUAAACCGAUUUGGUCGUGAACCAAAGCAAGUUCCCCCAUAGGAUUGUAUGUAAAUACAAUUAAUCCGUUCCAGACCGUACGAACUGUAUGUAAAUAUAUUUUUUUAAAGAUGUCUAAGCACAUUUUAUAGUUAAUUACACCAUAGAAUGCACAGUGUAAUAGUAAACCAAUGUAAAAACAUUGAAUAACACUGACACAAACACACAGGCUCCCUGCUCAGCUGCAUGCGCAGGCUCUCUCUCUCUCUCUCUCUCGGCAGCACGUGAGCCCCACCCCCCCUCACAUUGCAGCAGUUCGUGCUGUAGCCUUACAAUCCAAUCGCUGUAUACACACUUUUUUUUUUAAAUGAGUUUUAAGCGCAGGGGGGGGAAAAAAAGGAACAUUUGAACAAAUCUGAACUUUAUUUAAAAGCCAACCAAGACAGUAACAUUGCAGGAGUUCACGCUAAUAGCAUUACAACCCGAUCGCUGUAAACACUCUUUUUAAAUGAGUUUUAAGCACAGGGAAAAAAAUAAACAUUUGAAAAAAAGAGAAAAGUAACACUGCAAUACUUUCUUCUCACCACUCUUCACUUGCUUAGAAGCCAUGAUUAACUGCAAAAGCACACGAAAUACUGUAGAGCACAAAGAGUUCAGAGUUAAAGCACGCAUGUCUGACUGAGAACAAUGAACAGGGAGAGGCUGAACACGUGCUUAAAUACAGUAAUCGGCGCGUAUGAACCGGAAGGGAAAUGAAAUAGAGCAGAAAGAGUUCACAGCGAAAGCAAGCACGUCACUUGCAAGCACGCACGUCUGACUGAGAACAAUGCAACAGGUGCGGAAAUCAUUGGCGCGCACAAACCAAAAGGGAAACUGGCUUCUUCGUAUACCGAGUGUGUGGUCGUGAACCGAGGCAAAAGUUUGGCGAACGUUUUGGUCGUAAAACUGAGUUGUACGUGUACCGAGACGUUCGUGAACCGAGGUUCCACUGUAUGUAGGAAGAAAAAUUGAAAUGUUCAAUGUAUGGUGGGCCACCACACACCAACACAUUAAGGAAACCUCCACUUAGCCUGUGUCAUUGUAAGCAGCGAGAGUCCUUUUUAAUCCUGUGCUGUUGGUAUUUCACAAAUCUGUUACUAUCUAUUCAUAGUCAUUCAUUGUAUGGAGCCUGUUACUGAUCUACUGUAUAUACUCGCGUUUAAGUUCUCCCACAGAUUUUACCAUAUAAUUUAGGGUAUUUUAUAAUGUCGGUCGUAUAAGUGAAAUGUGGAAGACUUACACUAUUGGUCCAAGAAAUUAUGAUAUGCUAACACCCAUCUGAGAGAGCACACGGCCUUUACUUUCUGUGUAUUGUGCCUAUGUGACCACACGGUGAUACCCGAACUACUCCGAAGCGAUGUUUGCACUGAUUUGUGUUUUUUGUAUCCCACCCCCUCAUACAAAUCUAUCGUAAGAGCAUCCCUUAUCUAUGAUGGAGCGUUUGAUCAGAAGAAAAUAUGACGCUUGUUUUAAAUUAAAUGUCGUUGAAGUGGCGAAAGAAAUUGGUAACUGUGCUGCUGCAACAAAAUUCGAUGUGUCUGAGUGCGAGACUGGAGGAGGCAAGAAGAUGUAAAAAAAAAUAAAUAAUAAUUGUCAUAUUUUUGAAUGGGCGUAUAAGUCGAGGUCUGAUUUUAUGAUCGAUUUUUCGGGUUUCAAGAUCCAACUUGUAUGCGAGUAUAUACAGUAAAUAAAUAAAAUGUUCUUUCUGAAAUCUUUGUGUGGAUGGGUCAUAGGGGAACCAAAAAUGGCUCCCCCAUGGCAUUGCUCUGAAGAACCACUCUGGCAUUUUGAGUUUUAAGAGUUUACUUUGGAAAAAGUCUCACAUGUUUUGGGACAAAGGGCUCUAAUGGCAGCUUUCACUGAACUCGGAACACUAGCAUGAACCUAUGGGACCUUGUAAGAGCCCUCCAUAUGGUGGGACAGGAAAGAUGGAGUGAGUGGAUACUGGACCAUAAAUGCA